AUGUACCGCCCCUCGUGCCGGCUCUUCCGCCUGCCCUCCCGUCUCCAGCGGCGCGCCCGCCGCUCCCGCAUCUUCGCCAUGUUUCUCCUCUUCAGCACAGUCUUAACCUUUGUAUUCCCAUUUUACUGCAUCUACAAGCCGCCACACACUCUGAUCCAGUAUUUCCAGCGCCGCUGGCCAGAUGUGCUAUGGCACGUGCCGCUACCGUCCGGUUCUCAAGAGAAAGUAAUAGCGCUCACAAUUGACGACGCGCCGUCCGAGUUCACGCGUGAGAUUCUGGAGGUUCUGAAAGACAACUCAGCGCGGGCGACGUUCUUCGUCAUCGGGGCGCAAGCCAGCGGGCGCGAAGAAGUGCUCAAAGCCAUGGUGUCCACGGGCAUGGAACUCGGGAACCACGCCAUGCACGACGAGCCGAGCCGUUCUUUGGCACCUGUACAGCUCGAGGAAGAGAUCGGGUUAGUCGAGGCAACCAUCAAUGCUACAUAUGCGUCCGUCGACGUCCCACGGCCACCGAAGUAUUUCCGCCCCGGCAGCGGCCUCUUCAGCAGCGGUAUGCGCUCGCAGGUCAGAGGACUGGGGUAUCAGAUGGUUCUGGGCAGCAUCUAUCCGCACGAUCCGCAGAUUCCGUAUCCGGGGGUGAACGCGAAGCAUGUCCUGAGUAUGGCAAGACCGGGAGGGAUCAUUAUAUGUCAUGAUAGGAGGGGCUGGACGGUGCCGAUGUUGAGGAAGGUGUUGCCGGAGCUGAGGAGGAGGGGGUAUCGAAUUACGACAGUGACAGGGUUGUUGGAUGCUGCUGGGCGAGGGCCGAAGGGGGGAAAGGGGAGUUGA